GCAGCGCGCACUCCGAGGCGGCUGCUCCAGGUCGCAGGCUGGGACUGACGGAUACGGUGAGCCCAGAGAACCCCACAAGCUGAGUGCAGGACGCGCCCCCACCACACCCACCCAACGGCCGCUGAAUGAGGCUUCCAGGAAUCCCCUCGCUGUCCGCAGCGCCCCACCGGAGGUCAGUCCUCUGAGGCUCGGCCAGUGCGCCGGCAGCCCGCGCGUUCACCUGCCAGCCUGCGCGUCAUGGGGCAACCCGGGAACCGCACCGACUUUUUGCUGGCGCCCAACGGAAGCCAUGCGCCGGACCAAGACAUCGCACAGGAACGGAAUGAAGCGUGGGUGGUGAGCAUGGGCAUUGUCAUGUCACUCAUCGUCCUGGCCAUCGUGUUUGGAAACGUGCUGGUUAUCACAGCCAUUGCCAAGUUCGAGCGUCUGCAGACGGUCACCAACUACUUCAUCACCUCCUUGGCCUGCGCUGACCUGGUCAUGGGCCUGGCGGUGGUGCCCUUUGGGGCCAGCCACAUUCUCAUGAAAAUGUGGACUUUUGGCAAUUUCUGGUGCGAGUUUUGGACUUCCAUUGACGUGCUGUGCGUCACGGCCAGCAUUGAGACCCUGUGCGUGAUCGCAGUGGAUCGCUACUUUGCCAUCACGUCACCCUUCAAGUACCAGAGUCUGCUGACCAAGAAUAAGGCCCGGGUGGUCAUUUUGAUGGUGUGGAUCGUGUCAGGUCUUACCUCUUUCUUGCCCAUCCAGAUGCACUGGUAUCGGGCCACCCACCAAGAAGCCAUCAAGUGCUAUGCGCAGGAGACCUGCUGUGACUUCUUCACGAACCAAGCUUAUGCCAUUGCCUCCUCCAUCGUUUCCUUCUACCUGCCCCUGGUGGUCAUGAUCUUCGUCUACUCCAGGGUCUUCCGGGUGGCCAAAAGACAACUCCAGAAGAUCGACAAAUCCGAGGGCCGAUUCCACGCCCAAAACCUCAGCCAAGUGGAGCAGGAUGGGAGGAGCUGGCAUGGACAUCGCAGGUCCUCCAAGUUCUACCUGAAGGAACACAAAGCCCUCAAGACUUUAGGCAUCAUCAUGGGCACUUUCACCCUGUGCUGGCUGCCCUUUUUCAUCGUCAACAUUGUGCACGUGAUCCAGGAUAACCUCAUCCCCAAGGAAGUUUACAUCCUCCUGAACUGGGUGGGCUACGUCAACUCUGCCUUCAAUCCCCUCAUCUACUGCCGGAGCCCGGAUUUCAGGAUUGCCUUCCAGGAGCUCCUGUGCCUGCGCAGGUCUUCUCUGAAGGCCUAUGGGAAUGGCUACUCCAGCAACAGCCACGACAAAUCUGACUACACAGGGGAGCAGAGUGGCUGUCACCUGGGCCAGGAGAAAGACCACAAACUGCUGUGCGAUGAUGCCUCAGGCAGAGAAGACUUUGUGAGCCGUCAAGGUACUGUGCCUAACGAUAGUGUUGAUUCACAAGGGAGGAAUUCUAGUACGAAUGACUCACUGCUCUGAUGUGGUUUUUCUACUUUUUAAGGCCCCCCCCCCAGCCCUCAAAAGACACUAAACAGACUAUUUAACUUGAGUGUAAUAAAUUUAGAAUAAAACUGUAUAGAGAUGUGCAGGAGGAAGAACAUCCUCCUGCCCCCUUUUUUUAUUUUUUUAAGCUGUAAAAAAAAAGAGAAAAUGUAUUUGAGUGAUUGUUGAGCGAUUGUACAGUUCAGUUCCUCUUUGCAUGGAACUUGUAAGUUUAUGUCUGAAGGGCUUCAGUCCCAGAGGACCUGGGGUUGCUAUGUUUUGAUGACUUUCUGUGUAUCUACCUCAUUGGUCAAGUAUUAAGAGUAAUAUAUUGCUGCUGGUAACUUGUAUCUGAAGGAGACCUUCCUUCUCACACCCUGGGAAUGGAGGUUCGGGAGUAUCUUGGACCAUACAGCUGUGAACAUGGUCUGUCCCGGUUCCUCUUAUUUGCUGAAACAGGGUGUUGCAGGCAGGGAUUUCAGGGGGAGCUUCCGUUGUUUUCCUGAGCAAAGUCUAAAGUUUACAGUAAAUAAAUUGUUUGACCAUGACUUCAUUGCACCUGUUUCUCCAAAACCCCUUGACUGGAGUGUGCUCGCCUCCCCCACUGGAAACCACAGGUAACUAUUUGUAAUAACUGCCCGGUGACUUAAUGUGGAGGACUGGCGCAGAAAGGACAUGCCCCGGUUGUUUAACCCUUCCGCCUGCCUCUGAGUCUGUCGCAGCAGGCAGCCCGGCGCGCACCUCUCCUGACUCGAGGGCCCCCGGUCAGUUCUGCCGGCUCCCAGCCUAGCUCGUCUCGCCGGUCCUACGGUGAUUAUUCUCUGUUGUUACAUCAGAAACACUGACUCACAGAAAUGGACUCACGAGCAUCUCUUGUGUCCCUUCAUGCGCCCCCGCCACCCACCUUCUAGCUCUGCUUGCUUAAUAGCUGCUUACAUUUGUGUCUCUGCUGUGUCUUAUAGUGGGGAUCUUUGUGCUGCACUGGGGCUUGGCAUUUGAAGAAUAAGACAGAAGUUCUUGUUAAAAAAAACUAGUAAACUUCACCCUGUAAUUUCAAGGGAAACUGAAAGGACUUUGGAAGACACUUAACUGAGGCAGGCCCCAUGACCCAGAAACAGGGUUUUAACCCCUCCUCUCUCCUUACUCCUGUCCCUCUGUCCCCCUCCCUUCGACUCUCCUUCCUUUAAUCUCAACCAAGAUUUCUCAGCCUCAUAUAGUCCUCUGCGGUGGGGUCUGUCCUGUACAUUGUCAGAUGUUCAGCACCAUCCCUGGUCUCUAGUCAUGAGAUGGCAAUAGCACCCCCUGAGUUGUGACAACCAAAAAUGUCCCCAGACAUUGCCAAUACCCCUCGAAGGGUGCCCUCACCCCUGGCUGACGCUGCAGAUGUAAUUCAAACACCUGAACAGAUUUUGAGAUUCUGUCUGAUGUCAGCCCUUUCUUUUGCACAGCCACAGAGAAGGAUUUUUCAUGGUUCUCCGAUGAGCGACAGGCCCUGGGCCAGUGCUCUUUUCAGUCCCUUCUGCUGCCUUCCAAACUCACCUUCCAGCUGCCCAGGCGCUGUGUAUGGCCAUGAAUUGUUUGGGAGGCUUUAUCAAUGGAAGCCAGGCCUGGGAGCAGUUGCUGCCAGUUUGUGGAGAGAUAAUGCUGUUAGAAGGCACAGGAGAGAAAAUCACGAAAGUAAACACAUUUCUUCUCUCACCCCUUUUCUAUUUUUGCCUGUGUGUCUGAGCCAGGGCUUGGCCCAGGUCUGACUGAGUGGAUCGUCCUCCUUGGCAACGCCAGCCUGGAGAUCGGCCUGCAGGGUUCAUUGCCAUUUCACCCGCUCAUGAAGCUGACUCCACUCUCCCCUUCUGUCCCAGCCACGGUCCCCAAACAGAAAAGCAUUGGCCCCUUCUGCUUCCCGUCAGCUCAGUGGUGGGUGUCUGGGUGAGCACCGGAGAAAGAAAGUUAGGUGCCCAUGAUUUUGGAACAUGGGGAGUUGGAGAGUGUCUGCCAUUCAGCACUUUUAGUUUUUCUCUGAGGGCUUUUCCUACCUGUCACCACAUUCUCCCUCAGCCCUGGGCCCCACACCCAGAGGUGCAUGCAGCUUCUCCAGCUAAUCCCCCCACUCCUCAUAACCACACAAGAUCUCGGACUGGGAAGAGCCCAAAGAGAGCAUUUGGCGUCAGAAGAGACCAAAAGCAUGCAAAGGGGAAUGACCUGUCCAAGAAAAGGAAACUGAAACUCGAAGGGGUUAAGUUGCUGAAGAUUCCAGAGCCCAGUGGAGUAAACCCAGGUGUACUGGACCAGGGGCCCUAUGCUUAGGGGUCAGACCAAGAGAAGGAGAGAGACCACGCCGAGAGGACUUUUCUAAUGGGUACAUUUUGUGGAUUCACCAGGGAUUUUUUUUUUCCUCCCAGAGAGGCCUGAUUAAUUUCUGAGCUUGGAAAUAAGGUGAAAGCCUGUGCCAGUUAGGUAGGCUGUGGCUAAGCAGAAACUAGGAACCCACAUGGCCCUGCGAGCUGGCGGCACGCCGACCCUCGUCACGAUUGAGCUCGGUGGGGCUGAGCUGCCCCGGAGAGGUAGGAAGCAGAGGAAGGCUCCUGGUAACAGAACACUAGUUUGCGCUGAGUCAAAUCACUACUUUUGAGUCAGAAAACCCUUGACAUCUAGAUGUGGGGCGCUUUUCCCAUUUCCCUGCCCAGGCCUGUGCCAGCACCUGAGGUUUCACGUUAGAUAUUAUCAGGACGAGAGGGGCAUCGAUCGAGCCCAUCACCCCUCGGAGCGGCCCUGACCUAGAAACCCAGCCGCAGGAGGCAGGGUCAACCACAAGGUAGUUCAGGGACUAGCAGAGGGCUGUCUCUUCUGCUUGUUUCAUUAUUAUUUUUCCAGUGCUGUGAGGGGAAGACUGGAGUUUCUAAUGUGUUCAUUUAUCUAAGAAGCGAAAACAAUUUUUUUUAAAUCUCAGCAGUGACGCCCAUGACAAAGCCCGAGCGGAGUCCCAGGGAGCCCUGUUUUCCUUUCAACCACACCGCACUGAUGUUGCAGCCCGUGGCCUUGCGUCCAAAAGCCACAGCUGCCUUUUCUGGGGAGAUUCCCUCAUUAUCCCAGUUCUGUCUCUAUUCUACGGCCCCGUUGUUCUCUCCAUAAAAGGCCUAUUAGACGUUUCUAAAUAUUGCAGACAAUCCUGUUUUUUUGUUUUGUUUUGUUUUGUUUCGUUUCAUUUUGUUUUGUUUGAGAGGUACUCGCUGUUCUGGUGAGAUGUAUUGCACCAGUAAGCCUGUUCUUUCCACAAACAUUCUGACUCCCGUUCUUGUGCAAGUUCCCACAGCGUCUCCUCUCAACCCGCAUGCUCACCUGGCUUCCUCAGCAUGAGAGAACCAAGGUUCAGCCUCCAGGGCCUGGGGGGCCAGCCUUCGAAACCUCUUUCUAUGGGAUUGUGGAAGGGUUAGUGGAAUCAGUUUUGGUGUUAGUUUCCUGAUAUUAUUUUAUUUUAUGACAGUGGGUCCCAACCCGCUGAUUUGAGGGAACUUCUGAGAAAAUGCAUCCACCUGGGGCCCCUUCCCCCACCCCCCAGAUUCUGAUCUAGCAGGCUGUGGUUGAGGGCCGGUGACUGCGUUUUGCCACAACUUCCUCUAGGGGACCGUGAGGCAGGUGCUCUGAGGAUGAUCACAUUCGGGGACCUAGAAGUCACACCAUCUUCCUCCCCACCCUUCCCUGCUCAGGAGCACAAGUUAUAGGAUGUAGGCACGUGAAAAGAGGUCCCGCAGAGCCGUAUGCAUUCACGAAAAUAACGAUGCUGUCAAGUAAACAGAACCUUAAUUUUCCUGUCUUAUCAAACAGAACAGUGUAGAUGAAAACAAUUUAUAAAUGCAGCAUUACUAUAAAAAAGCAAGGUGAGAAUUGUCUUGAGCAAUUAGACUCUUGAUUGAAAAUCCACAGUUUUGCCCCGUACUCGCAUUGAGGUCACCGGGCCCCGGAGCCUCUGCAUGGAGACCAGGAGGCAGCAGCAUAGGCAGGAAGGGGGAUUUUGCCCCGGUGAUGGGCUCCUUGUCCAGUGCCCUUUGCUCCUGGUCACUCGCCUUGGUUAAGGCACAUCAGACUAAGGUCUACAUGAACCAAUUUGCCUAAUGUACAUAACCCUCCUACUUAGAAAUCUGAAGGGGGACCCGCCCAGUUGCAGAGAAGAGCAUUACUCAUACAUAUUCACACACCUCCACAGAUGCACACACCCAAAUAAACACACACAGAGACCUUGACAUUGAUACCAACACCCAUAUUGACACAGAUACACGCAUGCAUUUUCACGGAGAUAUAUGCCCACUUAAAGGGUCUUCUGUGUCUACUCCCACGCGAAUACGUACACACCUGUAGGACACUGACGCACGCAGAUCUAGCCAUUCUCUCUCAGAUAAAUCCAUACGUGAGGAUUCCUAAGCACACCAUUGUGCUCCAAACCAGCAAACAUGCCGUGUCAAAUAGUCACGGUCCCACUGCUACCUCAGGUCAGGUUCGUAUACUGACCCCUCUUCCUCGGCAAGCAUAUACACCCUUGCCUCAAUACGUGUAGCUGUGCUUUUUGUGCCAGGACCUACUGGAUGCUGAAGAGCGGUGGGCGAACAAAAAUAGUUUACCUUUGCUUUUACUGAGUCGGUGUGUGAAAUGCAUGCAAAAUUACAACUGUGGCCGGUGCUGUGGAGGAGAUAGGGGGUAUUUUGAGGACAUCUGACUAAUAGGGAGAGCUCAGUGAAGGUUCUCCUGAAGAAGGAAGGUUUCAGCUGAGAGCUAAAGGAAAGCUAGGGAGGAGAGAAGAACAGGCCGCUCGGGGAGAAAAGCAGGUGCAAACAUCCUGUGCUGAAAGGGAGCCUGGUGCACAGGAAGGUCUGAGCGACGGACGGCCGGUGCAGCUGGCGGGUAGAGGGAGAGCACAGCAGGGCGGCACCGAAGGAAGCAGGGGCCACACUGAAGGGCCGUGUGGGCCCCGUUAAGGUCUUCAUCCUGAGAGCGUGUAGAAGCCAUUGACAUGUUUACGGCAGAGGUCAGAUUUGUAUUUGAAGACUGUCUCCGAAGGUGUGCCUGCUCAUGCAGAGCAUCCUCGCGCAGAUCAGUGCACACAUGUGGCACACUUGUGUGUUUCUUAGAAAUGCAUAUUUACAUAUCGUACUCACCUGCAAACGCUGCCUCUGUGAACACACCCACGUGUAUUUAUAUGCGUGGUAUAUAUAAACCCAGUGGGCGUGGGGAGGCCGGCAGACACCCUCCUCACAGGGCACCAGCAGGACUAGGCCUGUCUUCGGGGCGGGACUGGGGAAGUGGUGCUCAGGGCCAAGCCCUGUGACUUCGCAGCUCCGGGCUUUGCAGCUGGCCUCAUGCAUGUGCCUUCAGCCCUGCUCCUCUCCUCUUGGCUCAGGGCACCCAGUGACAAGGUGGGGUUUCUUCCAGAACACGAUCAUUGACUAUUCCUGGCCCAGGCGCUGAGGGGCGGAGGGGCAGGUCGGGUUGCAUAAAGAUCGCCUUGUGCCCUCCCGGAGUGGUCAGCAGAACCUCUGCCCAGCUCCAGGCCUGCAGUGCUCUUUGCAGUGAGUUGGCAAUGCUGAGAAGUAAACAUAAGGACAGGGAAUCCGAGGUCUGCAGGUCCUGGUGGGGACUGCGGUGGGACCUGAAGCAGCGUGCUCCCUAAGUGACUGCUGCAGGGAAUGCGACACUGGAGGAAGAAACGGACAAAGCCCGGCAGGAAAGCCUUCUUCGGGCACAAUGCCCGGCUCUGACCCUUGCUGUCUUGGCACCGUAAGCUCAUGUACACACAUAUUGACACAUGAACAAAUUUUCCUCCGGUGGGUGUAGCAUCUCACAGCAGGGGAAGUCACAAGGAAUUUAUCAGCCACAACACCGCGCAUUAUUUUUCUUCCAAUGAAUUAGAACUAUACUUGUGUACAUUUGGCUCCUGUUUCCCAGCCAAGCCAGCAAAGGCCUUGGCCAGGGCCAGCAACAGACUCCAAGGAAAUCAAUAGAAACAUUCAUGCCAAACUGAAGGCUCACCGACGGCCUCCCGUGUCAGGGCCAUAAUGACGUUCCCGAGGGAUUUUUUCCGAGUCCAAAGGCUUCCACCCACUGAGAGCGUAUGUUUUCAAAUGUGUGCUUGGCGAAUGUUUUCUUCCAUAAUUAAAAGAAAUUAUAUAAUGUAA